AAUGACGCGGAAGUAGCACUUUUGAAAAUGAUUUGCAAAAUCAUCUCCUUCUCUCUCUCUCUCUCUCUCUCUCCCCUCCCAUACGGCCGUCCUUGAAUACAUUCACGCGUAUCCCUAUAUAAUCCUUCGCCUCCUUCCCUCCCCGUCCUUGAAUACAUUCACGCGUAUAUCCCUAUAUAAUCCUUCGCCUCCUUCCCUCCCCAAGCAGGUGCAGAAAAACUCAAACACCUCCCCCAUUGGUUUUUUCUGCAUCUCUCUCUCUCUCUCUCUCCAAAAUCCUGAAAUAAAACAAACCUACAUCAACCAUCUCAAACCUUGAUUAAAAAAAAAAAUUCCCUAAUCUCCAUCUCUCCAUACACACACAUACCCCCAUAUAUUGUGGAAAGAGGAUGCGAUCUUCCGAGGAUGAAUACGUGUUCCCAUUAACCCCGGGCAAGUUCAAAAUCGAGAGGGCCCACGCGAUCAAUCGCCAAUUCCACCGAUGCACGAGCACGCUGUUCUUGUGGGCCCUCUUCCUGAUAGUCCUGGCGGCGAUGUACAUCAGCUUGUUCACCUCCGGCAACCGCUGCCUCUCCUCCAGCCCCUCUUUGUACGACAGCGUCGAGUGGCAGAAACAGGUCCGCGACUCCGCCCAGAUCCGCCGCUCCAACGGCCUCUCCGUCCUCGUCACCGGCGCCGCCGGCUUCGUCGGCACCCACGUCUCCCUCGCCCUGAAGAAGCGCGGCGACGGCGUCGUCGGGCUCGACAAUUUCAACGACUACUACGACCCGUCGUUGAAGAAGGCCCGGAAGAACCUUCUCAAUUCCAACGGUAUUUUUAUCGCGGAGGGCGAUAUCAACGACGCGCGCAUUUUAGCGAAGGUGUUUGACAUCGUGGCGUUUACACAUGUGAUGCACCUGGCGGCGCAAGCGGGGGUUCGAUACGCUAUCGAGAACCCCCACUCGUACAUCCACAGCAACGUGGCAGGGCUAGUCACGCUUCUCGAGACGUCCAAGUCAGCUAAUCCGCAACCUGCUUUCGUGUGGGCCUCCUCGAGCUCGGUUUACGGGUUAAAUACCAAGGUGCCCUUUUCGGAAUCGGACGGGACCGACCGACCCGCUUCCCUAUAUGCCGCGACUAAAAAGGCGGGCGAAGGGAUCACCCACACUUAUAAUCAUAUCUACGGGUUGUCGAUAACCGGGUUGCGGUUUUUCACGGUCUACGGCCCGUGGGGCAGACCCGACAUGGCGUAUUUCUCGUUUACCCGGAACAUACUCCAGGGGAAGCCGAUAACGGUCUACCGGGGCAAGAACGGGGUCGACUUGGCCCGGGAUUUCACCUAUAUUGACGACAUUGUGAAGGGGUGUCUCAGGUCGUUGGACACGUCGGGGAAGAGUACUGGGUCGGGUGGGAAGAAACGGGGACCCGCCCUGUAUCGGAUCUUUAAUUUGGGUAACACGUCGCCCGUGACCGUACCCACGCUUGUGAGCAUUUUGGAGAAGCAUUUGAAGGCCAAGGCGAAGCAGAAUGUUGUGGAGAUGCCCGGAAAUGGCGACGUUCCGUUUACCCACGCGAAUAUAAGCUUGGCCCGGAGAGAGAUCGGGUAUAAACCGACAACCGAUUUGGAAACCGGGUUGAAGAAGUUUGUUAGUUGGUAUCUGUCUUAUUACGGCUACAAUCAAGGCAAGCUUGUAUGAUAGAUUUGUAGCGUUUCUCUUUCGUUUUUUAGUUUUGGAAAAAGGGUAAAGAUACUUGUUGGGCCAUUUGUGUCCUGUUUUUUUAACACACUUGUUUCAUGUUGCACCUCAGGUUCGUCGAGAACAUUGAUCUUCUCAAAAAUCAUGUUGGUUGGACCA